UCUCAGCUCUCCAUUGGUUUGCAGAGAGGAUAGGCACAAGACUGAAAAGAGAGGAAGGGGAUAGGACCAUAGGAGAUCCCUGUCUUACAGUCAGUGGGAGACAUUUCUCUGACCUUCUUUCACUUUCUCCCCCCUCUCCCCAAUGUGUUUUGGGGUUCCCUUCUUUCGUUCUUCUUCUUCUUCUUCUUCUUCUUCUUCUUCUUAAACGUCUACACAUUGUUGGACCGUGGCAUCGAUGCAAAAUGGGUUGUGGCAAUUCCGCAGGCACCAACACGGCAGGAGGGGGGCCAGCAGAUGUGUCAAAAGAUGUGACAGAAGAUCUCCCGGUAGACGAUGAGAAAAGAAGGAACUAUGGUGGCGUUUACGUAGGCAUACCAGCAGAAAUGGCCGAUGUGGCCGCCAGCCAGUCAAAGACCCCAUGAAAAGGAUCGUGCAUUUUCAUCCUCCCAGAGAAACACUUACCUUGCAAGCAGAGAGCAUGUAAGUGCUCAGGCUUUAACACUGUCAUCAAGCGAAUAUGUGGACAGCUUUCCCGGUAUCUGAGGACGCUGCUUCAUGGGGUCAUGGGGGGCACAGCGACACCGGGAUGAACAGUGAAAGUGUACAUACGCCAUCAAUCAUCACCCUUCAGUUUGUGAAUGAAAAGAUGUACAUUGAAACGGACAAGCACCCACUCAAUGGGAUUUGUGACAGCCGUCUUGGCUCCUCGGUCACAUCACUGGAACUUUCUCUUUCUUUCUCAGGAGGAGACGGGGGACUACACUCACUAACUGUCUGAGACACACACAUACCGAAAGCCCUCUGCAAUAAUAAUCACUUCUCAGUAACGUCUCUGGAAGCCAUCAAUGAUUCAUUGUGUGAACAGAGAGUACGAGACACAUUCCUGCUACUACGUCACAGAAAAUAAAUAGCAUUUAUUUUAAUCAGGGACCUGAGGCAACAGGAGUCUGGACAACUGAUUUAGAUGAUUAUUAUUCUGAUUCUAAAUGCUUAAGUUACAUUUGAAUGUAUUCACUCAAUGCCCCCUUAUGUCAACAAGGUCGUACCUGCGGUCAUCACUUACUGUAGCUUCUUCCCCAGACUGAUUAUGUAACAUCGGGCAUAUGACUCACUACUGUCUACUCACUCUCACAUUCAUUUUUAUUAUGCUUUAUCAGCAUGAAUGUGAGGUGUACAAGCAUCAAACUGUUCAAUAGUGGAAUGAGAAAAACAUGUUAUUAAGUUAUCUAAAAUAUAUAAAAAGAACGUGUGUG